UGCUCGCCUCUUUGUUCAAACCGAUUCAGCUCCUCACCCUCAGCGUCGCCACCUGCGCACGGGGAGUGAGCACCGGCACCGAGUGUCUAUCCAGAUUUAGAUUUAGAUAUCUCUAAAUUGGUAAUGUGGUAGAUGCUGCAUAUUAGUCGUGAAGCAGACUAGGUGGCUUAUUUUUUGAAGGUCUGAAGCGUAGCUUGGGACGUUGAAUCAUUUUUGCUCACUUACCGGUUAUUUUUUGCUGUUUCACCCAUUCGACCGAUCGCUGACAGACGACACUAUUGGAGCAUCGGGAUACGUUUAGAGCGCCUUCACUGAAGCGCUGCGUUCCGAUCUUACAUUCCUGCGGAUUUUUUAUUUAGACUAUUUUCAGGAUUUCAUACAAAGGGACCCUUGCUGAUUUGUCAGGACGCCGUCAGACUCCUCUCUAAAGGUCAAGGAUGACGGUGGCUGUGUGUGUAGCUGGUCUGCAGGCUGUCCUGUCUCUGCUGCUGCUUGGUAUGAGCGAGGCAUCCUCCAUAGUGAACAUGCGUAGAGUCACCCACCCUACCAUACGAGAGCCCCUGGCUGGCAUCGCCCACCUCCCCUGCGUCUUCACCCUCCAGCCCAGUGAGCUCAGCCCUUCCAGCCAGCCUCCCCACAUCCAGUGGACCCAAACCUGGAUACCGCAGGGUGGAGAGGGGGGUCCACUGGAGCAGAUGGUUCUCUCAGCGAAGGGUGAUAUGGUGAAGGUGAAUAAGGCUUUCGCUGGCCAGGUCAGGUUGCUUGGAUAUGCUGCUAACAACCUAAAUGCUACCAUGGAGAUCUCAGGCCUCCGUAGCAACGACACAGGCACCUACCAUUGUCAGAUUGUGGUUGCAGAUGACUACGAGCGAGACAUAGUGCCCCUUGUGGUCACAGGUGUGGUAUUCCAUUACUGGUCUCCUAGCGACCGUUACGCCCUCUCAUUUGAUGACGCUAAGUGGGCCUGUCAGGAGAACUCCGCCCUCAUCGCCACGCCCAACCAGCUGUGGGCAGCAUUCCAUGACGGUUACUCCAACUGUGCUGCCGGAUGGCUCUCUGACCAGACUGUCCGCUAUCCUAUCCAGUCACCAGAGCUUGGUUGCUAUGGACACCAGGAAUACUCAUCUGGUGUGAGGAAUUAUGGGAAAAGAGAUGCUAAUGAGCUGUUCGAUGUCUACUGUUUCAGCAGGGAACUGGAGGGUGAGGUAUUUCAUUCCUGGGUUCCUGGGCGUCUGUCUCUGUCCUCUGCCUCAGAACGCUGCGUCUCCCUGGGGGGACAAUUAGCCACGGUGGGACAGCUCUACCUGGCCUGGAGGACAGGGCUGGACGUCUGUGCUCCAGGCUGGCUCUCUGACGGCAGUGUCCGCUACCCUAUCACCCAGCCCAGGCAGGGCUGUGGAGGGGACCAGCCAGGGGUCCGGACCGUUGUACCCAACACCAAUGGAACCACAACCAGCAGCGGAGCAGCCAAUGCUACGGACGCCAUACCUCUCUAUGACGCCUAUUGCUACAGAGGGAACGUGAAGAAGCCAGGACCCAUCUCUAGGAUCUACACGUCUUUGUGGAAGCCUUGGAGUCAGCUGACCGGCUCCAGCCACUCAGACAACCUGGGAACAGACAGUCCUGCCCUGGCUACUGAGACCACCAGCGGCACACCGACCACCGUCACAGAGAGCCGUAACCUUUCACCAUCUGAUGACCUCACACCCUCAAACUGGACCGGAUUGGUUGAUCUGGAGGAAGAGGCCCACUCUUCCACAGAUCCCUGGUCCUCAGAGUCCUCUGAGGGGUAUGUCACCCUGCAGUUGAGCCCAGGAGAGAGCUCUCUAGCCUGGGGAGACCUGGGAGACAUGGACCCUGACUCUGGAGCUUUCCUCAGACCUCCAGCCACACCCAGCCCCAGCCCAAGUACUGCCACUCAGGAAGAACUAUCACCCUCGACCCCAGCUGACAGAAAGGUGAUGGCCAAGAUAGUGAAGUCCAUGUGGAAGCCGUGGAACUACCUUGCAGAAAGUACCCCAGGAACAGGCAGUCCAGAGGGGGAGAGAAAGGGAAGUGCAGCAGGGACUCUGACAGACAGUGUGGCUGUACCCACCGGCUCUCCUGCUCCAGGUUUAUCCUCAUGGGGUGGUGGGUGGUGGGAUGGCUCAGGACUGGGGGACCUAGAUGAUACACCACCCACUGGUGAGCUGUCAUCCUCCACUGGUGAGCCAUCGUCCUCCGCUGGUGAGCCGUCAUCCUCCGCUGGUGAGCCGUCGUCCUCCGCUGGUGAGCCGUCGUCCUCCGCUGGUGAGCCGUCGUCCUCCGCUGGUGAGCCGUUGUCCUCCGCUGAUGAGCCGUCGUCCACCCCCGGUGAGCCAUCGUCCUCCGCUGGUGAGCCGUCAUCCUCCGCUGGUGAGCCGUCGUCCUCCGCUGGUGAGCCGUCGUCCUCCGCUGGUGAGCCGUCGUCCUCCGCUGGUGAGCCGUUGUCCUCCGCUGAUGAGCCGUCGUCCUCCGCUGAUGAGCCGUCGUCCACCCCCGGUGAGCCGUCGUCCUCCCCCGGUGAGCCAUCGUCCUCCGCUGAUGAGCCGUCGUCCACCCCCGGUGAGCCGUCGUCCUCCCCCGGUGAGCCGUCGUCCUCCCCCGGUGAGCCGUCGUCCUCCCCCGGUGAGCCGUCGUCCUCCCCCGGUGAGCCGUCGUCCUCCCCCGGUGAGCCGUCGUCCUCCCCCGGUGAGCCGUCGUCCUCCGCCGGUGAGCCGUCGUCCUCCCCUGGUGAGCCGUCGUCCUCCCCUGGUGUGCCGUCGUCCUCCCCUGGUGUGCCGUUGUCCUCCGCUGUUGUGCCGUCGUCCUCCCCUGGUGUGCCGUCGUCCUCCCCUGGUGUGCCGUCGUCCUCCCCUGGUGUGCCGUCGUCCUCCCCUGGUAUGCCGUCGUCCUCCCCUGGUGUGCCGUCGUCCUCCCCUGGUGUGCCGUCGUCCUCCCCUGGUGUGCCGUCAUCCUCCCCUGGUGUGCCGUCGUCCUCCGCUGGUGAGCCAUCAGCCUCCCCAGCCCUGCUCACCUCUACCCCGGCCACAGAGAACCAGUCCUCUGCCUCCACCUCCACCACUGCAGGGUGGGAGGCUAUCCCAGACACAUGGGUCCAAGUGACCCCAUCAACAGGUGUGACCUCACCCCAGCCGGGUUAUAGGAGAAUGGAAGAGGUUACCACUAGUACCACUAGAGCAGAUAGCAUAGCCACCGCUGUGAGCGGGAGAGCGUUGGUGAAAGAGGAGGAAGGGAGUGCCCUGGGGGCAUCCGACGAGGCCAGAGGGGAGAUCCAGUUUACCGGUAUCCCCGUUGGAACAACCAAACCCAAACUCAGGGUCCCUCCAUCCAACAACAGAACCAUGAGGAAGAACCAGUCACGAGCCAGUGGCAGCACAACCCAACCCGCAGUCAGCAGCUCCACAGCUGGAUCAGACAACAGAGACUCUUCCCCUCCAUCCAGACAAGGUGCUGGAGCUCCAGCCCCUCCACCCUCAGCCUCAGUCAGCCAGGGCAGCUCCAGGGUGGCAUCUCCGUCCAUAUCCUGGGUCCCCACGGAGAGAGCUGGAGAGUGGGGUGGCGAGGGGCCGGAGAGAGAGCCCCUGGAGGUGCCCUCCGAACCACCAGUGGAGGAGGAGACAGCCUUGUCUCACUCACUCGACUCUGGGUUGCCUAGCAACAUGGACGAGGAAGGUGGCAGAGGUGCCGGAUUCAACCAAAGCAACGGAACUCUGGACUCCGCUGGUGAGGAGGAGCCCUGUGUGACCAACCCGUGUGUACAUGAAGGGAAGUGUCUACCUCAGGGCAAGGGCUACAGCUGUUACUGCCCACAGGGCUUCACAGGGGAGAACUGUGAGAUCGACGUGGAUGACUGCCAGUCCAACCCGUGUCUCAACGGAGGCACCUGCAUCGACAAGAUCGACUCGUUCAUCUGCCUCUGUCUGCCCAGCUACGCAGGAGACACCUGUGAGAAGGAUGUUGAGGGUUGUGAGCAUGGAUGGAGGAAGUUCCAUGGCCACUGCUACAGGUACUUCUCUCACAGACACACCUGGGAGGAUGCAGAGAAGGACUGCAGAGAGCAGAGCGCCCACCUCAGCAGUAUCACCUCGGUCACCGAGCAGGAGUUCAUCAAUGGGCUGGGCCAUGAUAACGCCUGGAUCGGCCUGAAUGAUCGCACAGUGGAGGAGGACUUCCAGUGGACUGACACCAAUGACCUGGUGUAUGAGAACUGGAGGGAGAGCCAGCCUGAUAACUUCUUUGCGGGCGGAGAGGACUGUGUGGUGACCAUCGCCCAUGAGGAGGGCAAGUGGAACGACGUGCCCUGCAACUAUAACCUGCCCUACAUCUGCAAAAAAGGCACAGUGCUGUGUGGAACCCCACCCGCUGUGGAGAAUGCCCAUCUGAUUGGCCGUCGGCGGUCCCAUUAUGACAUCCAUGCGGUGGUGCGUUAUCAGUGUGCCGAAGGUUUCUACCAGCGCCACAUCCCCACCGCGCGUUGCCGGGCCGAUGGCACCUGGGACCGGCCCAAGAUCAUCUGCACAAAGUCUCGGCGAUCCCACCGGUACCGCCGCAACCACCGCCACGGCCAGCGCCGGGAGCGUAGGAACCACAGGAGAUACGGAGGAGAGGCACACAUGGAGAGGGGAGAGGACACACACAGCCAAUACUGAACCAAAUACUACACCUCCCACAAUGCUCUGCGCCUGACCGCUGACCUAUCCUGGGGCUGAGGGGGAUCAACCCCUCACAAUGGACAGUAGUUGACAUCUGAACGUUCUCUUUUCCUGACCUAUUUCAGUCUCUCUCUUUGGAUUGAAAUCUCACUUGAGAUACUGUAUGUGUGCAAAACUUUAACUUUCAUGCAAAUGACCGAUUGACAUCAGUGCAAAAAAGGUUCUGUGUUACGCACCCAUAUCUCAUGUUUGGAUUUGUCCUUUUUUUAGUUGAUUUUGUUUAACCCAUGUCCAUUACUUACAACAGUAAUAGUCUCUCUCUCGCUAACACGGUCGCUAAUACUGUAACUUAGAAACAGCAAAUCCUUGGCAUGUCUAUGAAUAACCUAUUCUCACUGUCGAAACAUAAAUACAGUGAUGUGAUAAAUACAGUGUGUGUGUGUGUGUGUGUGUGUGUGUGUGUGUCUGUUCAUGCGUGCGUGUAUAUGUGUGUGAGAGAAAGUGUGUAUCCUAUGCGAGUGUUUUUAUAAGCUUGUUCUACAUCUCAGAACAUCCUAAUGUUUGUGUUCUGUUUAUAAAGCACAGAUUUAAUUAAUAAAUUAGCUAGUUAGCUUUCAGUCCCAAUUAACCCAGAGCUUUUGUCUGUAUCCUGUACUUGUUAUGUUCCGUUAGGGCUCCUGAAUAGUAGGGCUGUUUUAUUAUUCAACUUAUGUGCCAUUUUUUAAUAUUUGCUAACUUUCAACGUCACUAUUUAUUAUGGACUAGUUAAUAUAUGUUGAUUUUUUUUUGUUUACAUAAUCUAACAAGGCAAUGUAAUACCUUUUUUCUUUAAUGUACCAUUCUCUUACAAUCAAAAUGUGUUAACCAAAAAACAAGUUAACCCUUUGAUUGCCUGUACUGUACUGUAAAUACUGUGGUUUUUGUCUGUUUGUUAUUGACUGACACCUGAUUGAUACCUGACCCUUGUCCAGCCAUGUGUUUCCCAUCGGCAUCUCAACUAAUAUUCUAAAACAGCCCCAUCGAUCUAAAUGGAAUAAAAUAGGAUAGAUUGAAGUACUACGGACUGAGACAAAACAUUCCCAAGAUAUCUACUCGAUCGUCAAUAGACCCAGUCUUUGCACGGCUCCAAUAUGUGAUGGGUAGGAUGCCAUGAAUCUGGUCCUUGAUUGGUCGUCACCCCUUUUUUGGUGUUGUUAUGAUGUCCUGUCCAGCUGUUGUGUUCCAUUCUUAAUAAAGCUAAAAAAACAAACAAAUUAACGA